GAAGUUGCUUUUAGACACAGCUUUUCGUCUUUACCUGUCCAGGUAGCCUCUGUUUUCAUUUCAGUCUUAAUGAAAACUUUUUAAUUUACAUCUCAAGUUUCUUUUCAAAGCAGUCGAGAACUGAAACGAAUGGGGAUUGAACUGCUUUGCCUGUUCUUUCUAUUUCUAAGAAGGAAUGACCAUGUACAAGGUGGCUGCGCCGUGGGAGGUGCAGAAACCUGCGAAGACUGCUUGCUCAUUGGACCUCAGUGUGCCUGGUGUUCUCAGGAGAAUUUUACCCAUCCAUCUGGAGUUGGUGAAAGGUGUGACACCCCAGCAAAUCUUUUAGCCAAAGGAUGUCUAUUAAACUUCGUAGAGAACCCUGUCUCCCAAGUAGAAAUACUUAAAAAUAAGCCUCUCAGUAUCGGCAGACAGAAAAAUAGUUCUGACAUUGUUCAGAUUGCGCCUCAAAGCUUGAUUCUUAAGUUGAGACCAGGUGGUGAACAGACGCUGCAAGUUCACGUCCGCCAGACCGAGGACUACCCCGUGGAUCUGUAUUACCUCAUGGACCUCUCCGCCUCCAUGGACGACGACCUCCACACAAUCAAAGAGCUGGGCUCCCUGCUUUCCAAGGAGAUGUCUAAAUUAACUAGCAACUUUAGACUGGGCUUCGGCUCCUUUGUGGAAAAACCUGUAUCCCCUUUUAUGAAAACAACAGCAGAAGAAAUCGCAAACCCUUGCAGUAGUAUUCCAUACUUCUGCUUGCCGACAUUUGGAUUCAAGCACAUUUUGCCAUUGACAAAUGAUGCUGAAAAAUUCAAUGAAAUUGUGAAGAAUCAGAAAAUUUCUGCUAAUAUUGACACACCUGAAGGUGGAUUUGAUGCAAUUAUGCAAGCUGCUGUGUGUAAGGAAAAAAUUGGCUGGCGGAACGACUCCCUCCACCUCCUGGUCUUUGUGAGUGAUGCUGAUUCUCAUUUUGGAAUGGACAGCAAACUGGCAGGCAUUGUCAUUCCUAAUGAUGGCCUCUGUCACUUGGACAGCAAGAAUGAGUACUCCAUGUCAACUGUCUUGGAAUAUCCGACAAUUGGACAACUCAUUGAUAAACUGGUGCAAAACAACGUGUUACUGAUCUUUGCAGUCACCCAAGAACAAGUUCAUUUAUAUGAGAAUUAUGCAAAACUUAUUCCUGGAGCGACAGUAGGGCUGCUUCAGAAGGACUCUGGGAACAUUCUGCAGCUGAUCAUCUCGGCUUAUGAAGAACUGCGGUCUGAAGUGGAACUGGAAGUUUUGGGAGACACAGAAGGACUCAACUUGUCAUUCACAGCGAUCUGUAACAACGGUACCCUCUUUCCACACCAAAAGAAAUGCUCCCACAUGAAGGUGGGAGACACAGCUUCAUUCAACGUGACUGUGAAUAUGCCAAAGUGCGAGAGAAGCAGGCACAUUAUCGUAAAGCCUGUGGGGCUGGGGGACGCCCUCGAAAUCCUUGUCAGUCCAGAAUGCAACUGCAACUGUGAGAAAGAAGUAGAAGUGAAUAGCUCCAAAUGCAGCUAUGGGAACGGCUCCUUCCAAUGUGGGGUGUGUGCCUGCAACCCCGGCCACAUGGGGCCUCGCUGUGAGUGUGGCGAGGACAUGCUGAACACAGAUUCCUGCAAGGAGACCCCAGAUCACCCCUCCUGCAGCGGAAGGGGUGACUGCUACUGUGGGCAGUGCAUCUGCCACUUGUCACCCUAUGGAAACAUCUAUGGACCUUACUGCCAGUGUGACAAUUUCUCCUGUGUAAGACACAAAGGGCUGCUCUGCGGAGAUAACGGCGACUGUGACUGUGGCGAGUGCGUGUGCCGGAGCGGCUGGACCGGCGAGUACUGCAACUGCACCAGCAGCACAGACUCGUGCGUCUCCGAAGACGGGGUGCUCUGCAGCGGGCGAGGGGACUGCGUUUGUGGCAAGUGUGUUUGCACGAACCCUGGAGCCUCAGGGCCAACCUGUGAACGAUGUCCUACCUGUGGUGACCCCUGUAACUCUAAACGGAGCUGCAUCGAAUGCUACCUGUCUGCAGAUGGCCAGCCCCGAGAAGAAUGUGUGGACAAAUGUAAACUAGCUGGUGUGACCAUCAAUGAAGAAGAAGAUUUCUCAAAGGAUAGUUCUGUUUUCUGCUCUCUGCAAGGAGAAAAUGAAUGUCUUAUUACAUUCCUAAUAACUACAGAUAAUGAGGGGAGAACCAUCAUUCACAGCAUCAACGAAAAAGAUUGUCCAAAACCUCCAAACAUUCCCAUGAUCAUGUUGGGGGUUUCGCUGGCUAGUCUUCUCAUCGGGGUGGUCCUACUGUGCAUCUGGAAGUUGUUGGUGUCAUUUCAUGAUCGUAAAGAAGUUGCCAAAUUUGAAGCAGAACGAUCAAAAGCCAAGUGGCAAACGGGAACCAAUCCACUGUACAGAGGCUCCACUAGUACCUUUAAAAAUGUAACCUAUAAACACAAGGAAAAACAAAAGGUGGACCUUUCCACAGAUGGGUAGAACUCCUGCACGGAUGGAAGAAGUCUGUUUCACUGAUAGGAAACGUUAAUGCACUAUUUAAUUUUUCUUUCUUUGUUGCUUCAAAAUGAGGUUGGUGUAAGAUGAUAAUAGGUCAUUUGGAGAUCAGUCAUCCUCUAUAUGAAGGUGAGAGACUGUGUUGUCAGGUUCAAAAUAAUCAAGAAGAGGAAUAUCCUUAGCAAAGAGGUGACUUUGGGGAUCAUUUGAAGAAUACUAACUCUGUUGCAUUAGUACCUCAAGAAAUCAUCAAAAUGAUUCAUGGGGGCCUGAUUUCCAUUUGAAAAAUGUUCGAAAUUAGAAUCUCAUUUGUUUUAGGAACACAGCUACUUGAGGUCUUUGUCUCAGCAAAGUCACAAAGCCCGUAUGUUCACACUGUAUAUCCACACCCAUCAAUUAUUUCUAAACUGGUAGUAAAUCUGCCAUCUCAUAAAGGAAGAUUUUUUAAAAAUCUAUGAGAAAUGAGAUUCUGAUUUUACUUCAGCUGAGAGGAUGCAAUUCUUCCAAAGAUAUGCCAAAUUUAAGACUGAAAAUGAAGUGUUAAUAAUUUCUGUGAAUUUGUACGCACCUAAAAGUCAGGUACACAAAUAAGUAUUUUAUUUGUUUUACAGAUGAGGAAGAAGUAAUUUAUAAAUUAAGAAGUCACCUGUAAAAAACAAAGAUAACAACCCUAUCAUUUAAUUUAUUUUUAAAUUACCUAAAAAACAAUCUUCUGCACUGGUUUCUUUUUUGACCCUGAGUUUUCAAACUACAACUUCUACCCUAUUUUACAGUCUUCUAAACCCCAUAUAAAAGUUUUCAUUUCUUUUUUUAAAACUUACUUUAAAUGGUCACAUAAUUUAUUAAAGACAGCGCCACUAAUUUUAAAAGAACAUGGAUUAAACAGAAUACAGUUUUAAAUGGUUUCAAAUCAAGAGUACACAAGUCCCUCAUGAAUUAUAGGCUUUUUAAUCAAUAAUCUUUUCCCAACUGCAUAGCCCAACUUACACAUUUCCACUACAUUGGUGGAUAUGCAUCAUAUAUUCCCUUUAAGAAGUUAAGAUUUUACCUGCAAAAUACAUGUGCACAAUUAGGGAUCCAUCAGCUGAUUAAAGAGAUGGACUCCGUAGAAUAUUAUUUUUUAUGGUUAUGACUCCUUUACAAAGCACUUUUAUCUCCUUUGAUCCUUGUAAGGAAACUAAAGCUCAGAGAGUGAGCAGCACUGGGUUCAGAAUCCAGAUCUUCUAACUCCAAGCCAUUUCCUCUUCCCACUGCACAAAACUGCCUCUUCUGUCAGUGAAAUAAUAGAAGGAUUGUGUUCGUUAAGCAAUAACUAUCAUUUGUUUGAAAAGGUAGUGAGACUACAAAUAACAUUUAAACUACUGAAAUAUAUUAGAAUUCUCUACCAUCUCUAAAAUGUUUAUUACUUUUGAUUAAAUUGUAAUGUGAAGCCUUUUACUAGGUGAAUAGAUCAUUAUGUAGUGGAGGCUUUGCAAUUGUCCAUUGAAUCAUCAGCAUAAUCUAUAAUUGUCUUCAGUUCUACCAGAUAGAUCUGUAUACAUUUGACCACUUGGAGACUUCCUUUUUUUCUCUCUGGUUUCUAAAUAACUCAGGUAUAUCAGACAUUUAGGGAGGGCAUGGCUAUAUGAAAAGAAUUACUAAACAAUCACCUUGAAAAUCUGAAGGGCAGAUGUGCCCCUCACGUUCCUGAUUGUUGCCCAGAACUUGGGGAAAAUCUAUAGCAACGUGCAAGCUGCAAUACUGAUGACACAACAGUACUAUUCUCUACAUGGACUUAUUGUGGUAUUUUUUAUAUUAUUACUGAAAUGGGAUUUUAGAAAAUAGAAGUUUCCUUUGAGUGUGUUUUAUAGGGAAGGUAGAGAAGAAUCUGCUCUUUCUCUGAAUACUGUUUUGACCCAAGGCAGGACCUUGAAAAGGCCAAAACAUUAACAGUAGUACUUCUGUUCACUGAAGAGUUAUGUUACAUGAAGAUAAAUUGGUUUUUUUGUAAGUUGUGUUAUUGUAUUUUGUGUUGAUAUAAAUAAACAUGGUAAUUUAAACAAUGAA